AUGGCCUUGGGCACUGAAAAUCUAGUCUCGAUGCUGGCCAGGGAUGAGAGCACCCGUAGUUGGCUACUGCCGAUACUGAACUUCCAGUGGAACCUGAUUAUGCCGAUCGCCACAAUGAUACUAUCGAUCGCGUUCACCCGUUCCCAUAGCGCCGGUGGCCUGACGUGGACCCAAGCGGUCACUUUCUACCCGUAUUGGCCCGAUUGGACCAAAUCCCUGUCCACUGUGUUUCAGAUCACACCACUGUUUCUGGUAUUCUUCGUGGGAUCCGUUCAACUC